CCGACACACGAUUCGCGUCGCGCGCAAGCCAGUUUUCCCGCGCGAAUUUAAAAAGCGCGUGUUCCAAAUUCAAAUUGCAAGUUCCUUUCGAUCGUUCCGCGGUACACAACAUGCCUAAAAAGAAAUAAAAUAGUUGAAAUUAAGUCGCGUUUUUAGUUAUUUUAUAAAUUAUUUCAAAACAUGUGCUAAAUUAUUGUGAAUUCGUGUUAAUGACAUUUGUUUAAGUGGCGUAUUCGCGUGUAAAAAUCUGUGAUAGUACAUUGCUGUGAAACUUUGUACCCAGUGCAUAACUUUAACCGUUCGGUUGUAUUCCAGUUUCGUGAAAUCAAAUUUCGCGAAGCGUUCGAUAAUUUUUCUUUAUGAUAGGUCCAUAUAUGAAGUGUCAACAUUUCUACCCCAAACAUUAUGAUUUACAAAUGGAUAUUAUGAUAAGAGUGAAGUGUUGCCAAGAAACUAAAAACCCAAAGUGACGAAGUGCCAUUUGGUGUCUGUAGUGCUACGUUCCGCUGCUCACUUACCUGUUUAUCAAAUCGUUACCAUGUCGGACAAGACUACAUCGUCGGUCGGCCCGAGAAGUUUCGAGACUAUUUCCGAGGAGGAUGGACAGGAUGGCUCGCCCUGGGACAAGUUGUUAGGAGACGAAAAGAGUACUGUUCCUAUUAUAAUUAAGACCGAAGCUUCGAGCACGACUUCUAGAAGCGGAGAGGAGGUUUCCCUACAUCCUCAGGCUAUCGACUUGGAGUCCAACAAGCUGACGCGCUCGAAGAGCCUGGUGCAUCAGAGGAGGAACAGCAGCGGGCUUCUGGCGGCUAUCCCGCGGCAGUUGAGGAACUCCUUCUCCUUGAGAGGGGUCCACAGCGAACCGUCCAGUGUCAAAGACGUGCCCACCACACGGAAUGACAGCUCCCUCAACCUUCUACUUAGAUACCGUCAAGCCCGUUAUGCAGCGAGGCGCGUGAGAAAGCGCGUCAUCUUCAAACACGGCGACUGCAACGUCGUGCAAUGGAACGUGGCCAAGCGCAGACGCCGGUACCUCCAGGACAUCUUCACGACCCUCGUGGACGCGCAGUGGCGUUGGACGCUGAUGGUGUUCGCGCUCUCCUUCAUCCUCUCCUGGUUGCUGUUCGCGCUCAUCUGGUGGCUCAUCAUAUUCACGCACGGAGACCUAAACCCCCCCGCCAACAACACCGAUCCCAUCAUCCCCUGCCUCAACAACGUCAACACCUUCACCGGCUGCUUCCUGUUCUCCGUAGAAACGCAACACACCAUCGGCUAUGGAUCCAGGACAACGAACGAGGAGUGCCCGGAGGCUAUCUUCGUUAUGUGCCUGCAGAGUAUUGUUGGAGUCUUCAUUCAAGCAUUUAUGGUGGGUCUAAUAUUCGCGAAGCUGGCUCGAGCCAAAAAGCGUAACACCACGCUCCUGUUCUCGAGGAACGCUGUCAUUUGUUUGAGAGACGGCGAAUUCUGUCUCCUAUUCAGAGUGGGUGACAUACGCAAGUCGCAUAUACUUGAAGCGCACAUCCGUGCUCAGAUUAUUCGGAAAAAGAUCACCAGAGAAGGCGAGGUGCUGCCGUUCUACCAGCAAGAAUUGAAAGUCGGUGCCGACGGGGAGGAGGACCGGCUCAUGUUCAUCUGGCCCAUGACCAUAGUACACAAGAUCAACGAGAAGUCGCCGCUCUACAAUCUGUCGGCUGCCGAUAUGCUUAGGGAGAGGUUCGAAAUCGUCGUGAUGUUAGAGGGUGUAAUCGAGUCUACGGGGAUGACCACGCAGGCUCGGAGCAGUUUCCUUCCGUCAGAAAUUCUGUGGGGGCACCGGUUCGAGACUAUGGUGACGUUCAGGAAGGAUACUGGAGAAUAUGAGGUCGACUACAACAGCUUCAACAACACCUACGACGUGGACACGCCGCUGUGCUCGGCGAAGCAACUCGACGAGCUGAGGGCGACGGUGUCUACUUCUCAGAAACUAGAUCGUUUGCUCGGCACCAUACCAAAGACCUUCUCCAACGACACCCUGGACCUCAGCUCCGUGGACUCCAUGUCCCUGGACGAGCAUAUAGAGAUCAAGAUCCCCGACGCGAGGGCCAAGGAGAACCGGCUGCUCGCCCAAAACAAUUUCGUACAAAACAUCAAUGAGAAAUCCAGAAACACCAGCCACAAUCACCUAGCCGUUGAGAACGGCCAAGAACUACCCAAGAAUCAGAAUCAUCACGAACAUGAAAGCAACAAAAAUGUAGAUGCGAAGGAAGAUCAUAUGCAUAGAAGCCAUAGUCACGCUAGUAUGAAAAAGGUCCAUGGCCUCACGCCAAACGGCAUCGGCCAUCACGGACAUGAAAACAAAAUCGACGAUAUCAACAGAAUAAAGAACCUAUGUCCGCAGAUCGCCAAGUGCGAACCAGCUGGCGGCGCCUCCCACCAUCCCCAUCCUUGUGACGGAGGCCGACGUCGCCUGACCUUCUCGAAGCCCGUGACUCCUGGGGUCCCCGGCACCCCCGGGACCCCUGCGACCCCCUCUGAGGCCGCACAACAGAGAACACCCACGCAGGGUUAAGAACAGAGUUCGCUU